AUGGACCGGGCCCCUGAAUCCGGUAGAGUCCGUUCCAACCGCAAGGCGCACCCCUCCGCCUACAAUCUCUAUCCCAUGCCGCACGAGUCUCCGGAUCAGGCAACUCAGGCCAGGGCCUCCGGCGUCCAUAUACGGAGAUCGGUAGUCGGCUCGCAGCACUCACACCCUACCCGGGCCGGCCCCUCCUCAACGUUGCUUCGCUGGCAGCCAAGGUGCCGUUUGGAGCUUUGCGACAUGUCAUUUUCGUUUCCUUCUCGACAGAGCGGACGUUCGCAAACGAGAAGAGGAGGUGCCGUAGUAAGCCUGAGGGGCUUCAGAGACACGUUGCUACGCCGGUCAGUCUUGGAAUGCGCAGCUGUCCCGAUGCGGUUGCUGAUGGUCACGACUUAUUACCUGGUACGCUGCGGACCGCGUCUCAUGGUGGCUCAUGUGUCGUUUCUACGAUGCAACGGCUGCUUGCAUUUGAAUGCCUAG